AUGCCUCUGCGCAAACGAGCCAAGGCGCACGCCGAGGACGAGUCCGGGACGCCGAGCGACGAACACACCGGCCAUGAUAAAGAAGAAGUCCGGCAUCUCAAGCAAGAGCUUGCACACAAAGUAGACGACCUCAAGAAGAAAGAGAAAGCCCGGCAUUGGUUUACAACCCGUCGUUUUCUCUUUCCAUUAGGCGUCAUACUGGGAGUCAUGCUGGGCUUCGUCCUCAUCCAGCCCUCCGACUUCACCGAUCUGCAAACACAUCUAGCCCUGCUCCUCGACCAAUACGACUUCACUCUCCCUCAGAUGCCCCAGAUCGAACUGCAGAUAGACCUCACCCGGUUCGAGACGGAGUGGCGUAGACUUUGGAGCAGCAUCCCGGAGCCCUGGAAACUCAACACCAACGGUCUUGAGUUCUCCGUCGGAGAGAAGGUCGCGGCAGAAGGCCUCACCGCCAAAUACCCCGUUGUCCUAGUACCCGGUAUCAUCUCCACUGGACUCGAGUCCUGGUCAACAACGCCAGAGUACAGGCCGUUCUUUCGCCAGAAGGUCUGGGGCGGCUUCUCAAUGCUUCAGCAAGUCAUGUUCAACAAGGAAAAGUGGAUGGCGGCGCUCAUGCUCGACCCGGUGACCGGCCUCGAUCCCCCCGGCGCAAAGGUGAGGUCUGCAGAGGGCAUCGACGCCGCAAGCAGCUUUGUCCAGGGCUACUGGCUUUGGUCGAAGAUCGUGGAAAAUCUAGCCGUUGUGAACUACGACACUAACAAUCUACACCUCGCACCUUAUGACUGGCGCUUAUCAUAUUACAACCUCGAGGAGCGCGAUGGGUACUUCACAAAGCUUAAGAUGACCAUAGAGGGCUUUCGCUUCAAGUGGGUAGAAUCGCCUGAACAUGGGAACGGUGGUCCAACGUGGGUCGAGGACAAUGUCGAAGCACUGAUCACCAUCGCUGGUACUCACUUGGGAGUGGUCAAAUCUAUGUCGGCCUUCCUCUCAGGGGAGAUGAAAGAUACUGUUCAAGUUCACCCCGCUGGAGCAUAUGUUCUGGAACGUUUCUUCUCGCGUCGGGAACGUCAAACGCUCUUCCGAAGCUGGGCAGGCAGCGCCAGCAUGUGGAUGAAGGGCGGUGACGCUGUCUGGGGCAAUGCGACUUCCGCGCCGGACGACAUGUCUGACGAUGCGCGGAGCCACGGCGAGCUCAUCCUCUUCCGUGAGUCCGUCCUCAGCACCGAAGGCGCAAAAUCUGGGCUGCGGAACAUGACUGCCUCGGAAGCCAGCACGUGGAUUUUGGAACGGACGCCGACUCAGUUCCAGAAAAUGAUAGACUCGAACUACUCGUUCGGGAUUGAGCGGGACGAAGAGCAGCUGAAGCGGAAUAAUAAGGAUCAUCGAAAGUGGAGCAAUCCUUUGGAAAUACAGCUGCCUAAUGCGCCUACGACGAAGUUUUACUGCGUCUACGGACAUGGCAAAGAAACGGAGCGAUCGUACUGGUACACCCGCGAAGGCUACGAGCACGAUGAGGUCCAAGCAGAUAGCGUCAAUGCCCAAUGUGCCAACGUCACCGACUGCAUUACCCCUCGAGCUCCUCUAGAUCUGCCGCUCUUGCGCAAGAGCCAAAUCGACGCCGAAUACACUGCCGAAGGGGAGUCUCCACAAGUCAUCAAUGGUGUGCGGAUGGGCGAAGGCGACGGGACCGUCAACCUCCUGAGCUUGGGUGCGAUGUGCGUGGAGGGCUGGAAGCGGAAGCGGUGGAACCCUGCUGGCAUCGAGGUAGUGACAGUCGAGCUCCCCCACGAACCGUCACUCACGAUUCCUCGAGGUGGCGGGACAUCGGCGGACCACGUCGACGUCCUCGGGGCGACCGCUCUUAAUGAGAUCAUUCUUCGAGUGGCGACGGGCGGCGGCGACCAGAUACACGACUCAUUCGUCUCGCGGAUUCGCGACUACGCGAAGCGCAUACGGUGGGAUUGA